UGUUUCGCCCCAACCUACUCCUUAAGCGGAGGUGGGGGUGGCGGUGGGGCCGAAAGGCAAGGGCCAGGCCGGUUCCAGCUGGCGCGCCCGUUUCCCGGGGACUUCCAAGGCAUCCGGGAGGGCUCCCACCUGCCACGUGUCCAGAGGAAGGAAGGGAAGCGAAGCAAAGCAAAGCGCAACGCGGCCUGCCUCGCUUCGAUUCCGAGCGCCGCGUUCGAAGGCGGUCCUGCCGGUCCUUUGCGCGGGCUUUUGGGGGGCGCGUUUGCAUCAGAGGCAACGGGACCCGCUUUCUUCCAACCCGGAGUUCACGCGUCGUGUUUCUGUGUCCUUCAGGACUCGACUGGCGCCUGGCAGAAAAUCCCAUUCUCUCUCUCUGAAUCUCUCAGAAAGGGGGAUCCGUCCGAGGAAUCCGCCCCAAAUUGCCUGGGAUCUGUCUUGGGGGGGGCGGGUGCCAGGACUACGCGGCUCCCUCUGAUUUGGGUAGGGGACCGCCCGGAGGGGUGCCCGACCGACCGCCCUGAGCGGGCGAGGCUUGGUUGACGGGAGGAGGCGCCUGGCCCCGGCCCGGUUGAGAAACGGAGCGAGGAGCCGCGGGGAAAGCUCGGCUCCGGCGGCUGCUUGAGGGGGGCUUCGGUUCCCGAAAGGCAGGCCGGGCGUCCGCUGCCUUCUGCCUUCGCCCUCCCCGCCGCCUCCGGUGCCAGAGCGGACGGUUUGCUUGAUUCUGCCCUGCCAUUCCCGCUGUGCUAGUCACUCUUUUCCAAGGGGAAGGGAGGCUGUGUUACAGACUGUUAACUGAAGUCAUAAGCAUGUGCCGCCAAGUCGAUUCCUAUUUAUAACGACCCUUUCCCGGGGUUUUCCAGAUAUCGCCUGCUCAGAUGUGGUUUACCAUUCCCUUCAUCGGGCGACACCAUUUUAUUUACACCCACCUGCGGAUAGGCUUCACCGAAAAGGACUAGAUUUAUUUCUGAGUAGGAUUACCCUGCAAACACUAUUUUAAGGGAAUGGAAUUUUCAUGAAACAUAAUAACAUAUAAUCACGGAGAGAGUUACCAAUAACCCAGAAGCCUUAUUCCUGGAGAGAGAUGUUGCAGCCCCUGAGAUGUGGAGAGCACCAGCCAGCCUACCUCAGAUUAGAAGAAUUUAGACUUGAUAGCCAAGAGUUCUGAAAAUGGCUUAUCUUGGUUGAUGUCAUUGAAAAAAAAAAUAGUCCUGGUUCUACAAGAUCUCUGAUUUUAACUUGCUUGUAAACAAUGGUUUUUGCUAAAUAGGAAUAAUGUUACGAACAUGUCUACACAUUCCUUGCUAUAUGAAAGAAUUGCUCUUGCAGAGGAGCUAAUCAAGAGGGCAGAAGGUCUUUGCCGGUCCCGAAAAGGUGGCAUUGAAGGGGGAUCAAAACUCUGCAGUAAACUGAAGGCAGAGGUAAAAUUCCUGAACAAGGUGAAGUCUGGGAAGGUAGCCAUCAAAGAAUCUCAUCUGAAGAGCACAAACCUUACUCACCUGCAAGCUAUCAUUGACUCAGCAGAGAACUUGGAGGAGGUGGUUGGUGUCCUCCAUGUCUUUACUUACCAAGACAAAUGUGGUGAAAAGCAAAGUUUGGUAGUGGAUGUAGUUGCAAAUGGGGGUCACACUUGGGUAAAAGCAAUUGGCCGAAAGGCUGAAGCUCUGCAUAACAUUUGGUUAGGCAGGGGCCAGUAUGGUGACAAGAGCAUCAUCAAGCAGGCAGAGGAUUUCCUGCAAGCAAGUUGCCAGCAACCAGUGCAGUAUAGUAAGCCACACAUUAUUUUUGCAUUCUUCAAUGGUGUGUCUUGCCCUAUGGCAGAGAUGCUGAAAGAGAUGGGUAUAUCUGUGCGGGGGGAUAUAGCUGCUGUGAAUGGAUUGAUGAAACCUGCUGAUGAAUCUGAGGAUGAAGGUGAAUGCCUUCAAGUGACUAAAGUAGAUCGGGAAAACUUAAUUGCUAGCAUAGCUUUCCCAACAGAAAUCAGAGUAGACCUGUGCAACAGAGUUAACUUGGACAUUACCACUCUGAUUACAUAUGUAUCUGCCCUUAGCUAUGGGGGCUGUUACUUCAUCUUCAAAGAGAAAGUCUUAACUGAGCAGGCAACAGAGGAGAGAGAAGAGAGUGUACUCCCAUUGUUGGAAGAGUUCAUGAAGGGCAAGGAGCUAUUUGCCUGUGAGUCUGCUGUCAAAGAUUUUCGGGUUAUCUUAGAAACUUUAGGGGGGGCAGGGGAGAAAUGUCGAGCUGCAUUACUCAUGGAAAGAAUCAGUGUGGUGCCAGAUCAGCCCUCUGAGCGUGCCUUAAGAUUAGUGCCUAGUUCCAAAAUCAAUAGUCGUUCUCUGAUCAUCUUUGGAACAGGAGACACUUUAAAGGCCAUCACCAUGACAGCAAACAGUGGCUUUGUUAGAGCAGCAGCAAAUCAGGGAGUUCGGUUCAGUGUGUUCAUUCACCAACCAAGGGCACUGACAGAAAGCAAAGAAUCAUCUGCCACACCUUUGCCAAAGCACAGCCUUGGGUUAUAAGGGUACAAACCAUUUAAUUGUGGUCAUUAAAGUGAUGGACGCAAUGGUUGGCUAUUCCCAAAUAAUAUCUUGUAGCAGAAGCUUGCUUGGAAACUGAAUUUCUUUUUAAAGAAGUGAGUACAAUUUAGCCAGUGGAUCAGACCAAACCCUGCAAGAAUCAUGGAGCUGCUGUUAAAGAACUAAAUGCUUUCCCAGCUGUCAUAUUUAGUAUAGCAUAUCUUAUGUGCUGGCAUUAUUUUCUUGCUGUAUUCCUUGCUCCAGCUCUACCUUUUUGACUGCUGUCGGUAUGGACAUACAUAACAUGACAUCACAUGAAAUAAGAUGUACUAGAUUAUAAGAAUAAACUGUGUGCAUGAUUAUUAUAUCAAGUAAUGGCGGCAGCCCUAUCUAAGUUUUUUUUUAAAAGUUUCCUUCUGACAAGAGUUAAGCAACUAAAUUACAAAUAUUUCUCAUGAGGAUAGUAAUGUAUAGUUUAUUUCCAUGUAGGAAUAAAAAUUCUUAAAUAUGGCACAACAUUCUGUUUACAACACGAGAUUCUAUCUUUUCUAGGAUAUAUUUUCGUAUGAAAAGGAGUGGGUCUUCUUACAAAUUGAAAUAAUUGGCUGAAUAUGCCUUGUUCCUUAUCCAAGUACUGAGGUUAAUUCUUUUAAAGCCCUAUUUAUUUAAAUAUGAAAAAGUUUCAGUACAUUCAAAAAUCUUCUGUUGAAACUUCUGUACUUUUAACAGGAGGAAAGAGAGCUUGAUUUGUCUAGACUGCAACCUUUGUAUUUUUCUGUUUAAAAUGAUGGUUCCAUUAUAUUUACUUUAUUGGAUAUAAUUAUGAUGUUUAGAGAAAAUGACAUAUAAUUAAAAUGUUACCAGUGAAA